AAUGCCAAACUCUAGAUUAUAAGUCAACUUACAGAUUCUGGCAUUGUGAAAACACCAAAGAAAUGCCCCCAUUUCUUUGUUCUGUACUUCUGUUUAUUGUUAAGAAAUAGUCCUCUUUUUUUUUACAAAAAAAAAAAAUUAUUUGAAUUAUCAUUUGUCAGCAGAUAAUGGCUACCACUUAGUACUGAUUAAAGUUUUUAUUUGGACCUUGCUCUCAGAUUAGUGGCCAAGUGGGCAAUUAAGAAGCUAUUACAUUAAUGUUGAAAAGGGUGUCAUUUUGCUCUAUAAAAACCAGAGCUCCCUAUUCAACUAUGCAACACAAUUCUUUAGUUCUAUCCUUCACUUCUCUAAGCAUAAUUUGUUACAAAUCAAAAUGGAAAGCUUAGGGAAGUUGGGGAAAUGGUCUUUUCUAACAGUUGCUUUGACAAUUUGCUUAGUAGCCAGCACUGUUGUUGCUGAUUACUCUUAUGAGUAUACUUCACCCUCACCUUCUCACAACUCUAACAAGUACUACAAAUCACCAUCUCCUUCCAACUAUCAUGUGCCCACUCCUUAUUACAAGAAGCCUUAUCCAUCACACUAUUACUAUAAAUCACCAGCACCUUCAAAGCACACUUAUUACAAAUCGCCAUCACCAGCAAAAUAUUACAAGUCACAUGUUCCUUCAAAGCAUUAUUACUACAAGUCACCCAUUGUAACCAAGUAUUACAAGUCACGUGUUCCUUCAAAGCACUACUACAAGUCACCUGUUGCAACAAAGUAUAACUACAAGUCCCCAACUCCUUCAAAACAUUAUUACAAAUCACCCGUUCCUUCUAAGUAUUACUACAAGUCCCCAUCGCCCGCAAAGUACUACAAGUCCCCAUCUCCGACAAAGUACUACAAGUCACCUAUUCCAUCAACAAACUAUUAUUACAAAUCACCAUCUCCAACAAAAUAUUACAAAUCACCCACUCCAUCUAAAUACUACAAGUCACCUUCACCAACAAAAUAUUACAAGUCACCAGUUUACUACAAGUCACCUCCACCUCCACCAAAAUACUACGAGAAACCACCAACUUAUUACAAUUCUCCACCUCCACCAUACUACCAAGAAUCUACACCUUCCUAUAAAUCUUCUCCACCUCCCCCAAAGACCUAUGAACAAUCACCUACAUACUACUCACCUCCACCACCACCAAAAUAUUACAAGUCACCAGUUUACUACAAGUCACCUCCACCUCCACCAAAAUACUACGAGAAACCACCAACUUAUUACAAUUCUCCACCUCCACCAUACUACCAAGAAUCUACACCUUCCUAUAAAUCUUCUCCACCUCCUCCAAAGACCUAUGAACAAUCACCUACAUACUACUCACCUCCACCACCACCAUACUACAAAGAAACACCAACCUAUGCCUCCCCGCCACCACCUGUGAAGCACGAGGAACCUGUCACCUUUGCUUCACCGCCGCCACCUGAGAAGUACGAGGUUCCUCCCACCUAUGCUUCACCUCCACCCCCAUCACCAUCUCCCCCACCACCAACCUAUUACUAGUAUACUAGU